AUGGAACCGCAAUCAUUUAAUUUGCUGUCAGAAGACUAUGAUGACAUGGAAUUCAUCGAGUUGUUCGGCAGCGAAUAUUUGUCUCUGGAUAGUGAGUACCAGAGGGAAAUAUCUAUCCAGCAGAUCGAACAAACCACCUCACCAAUUGCUAUGAAGAAAGCCCAGGCCAAAUAUGAGAGAGAGAGUGCCGCCAAACUCACACAGUACACCCUCGAGCCCACAUUCACUAUACCUACGUCAGUUCGGGCCAAGCCGAUCCUAAAUGCAACGCCAGCUGUAGAAAUAGACAAGUCCGGUCCAUCUACCAGUGCCAAGCAGAUCUUGAUUGCAACACCAGUUGUGGAGGCAAAUAAGACCGACCCACACGACAGUAACAAACCCAUGAGCAAUAAUCAACGGAAAAAGGAACAAUACAAGCAGAACAGACGUGACAUCCGUCGUCAAAGACGACCACACCACUCAACGCACUAA